AGUAUCGUUGAGAAGGGUGUUCACUGUAUGCUGCGCGUAAGAUACGCAGGAGGGAGAACGAAGCGGGCUGGUGGCGGUGAAGAUGGCGGAUGGAGACAGUGGGAGCGAGCGCGGUGGCAGUAGCGGAGGAGGAGGAGGAGGAGGUGGAGGAGGUGGAGGUAGCGGGUUUCAGCACUUCCAGCGGGAGCAGGAGACCCAGGAGCUGGCCUCUAAGAGGCUUGACAUCCAAAACAAGCGCUUCUACCUAGACGUCAAGCAGAAUUCGAAGGGCAGGUUCAUCAAGAUAGCCGAGGUCGGGGCCGGGGGCUCUAAAAGUCGCCUGACCCUCUCUAUGUCAGUUGCGGCCGAGUUUCGCGACUACUUAGGGGAUUUCAUUGAGCACUACGCCCAACUUGGGCCCAGCAGCCCUGAGCAAAUCGCGCAGUCAUCCAGUGGGGAAGACGGUGGGCCUAGACGAGCCUUAAAGAGCGAAUUCUUGGUCAGAGAAAACCGAAAAUACUACCUCGAUCUGAAAGAGAAUCAACGGGGGAGGUUCCUCCGAAUUCGACAGACCGUCAACCGUGGGCCCGGCUUCGGAGUUGGAGGCCCUGGGGGCGGAAUGCAGGCAGGCCAAACCAUCGCGCUCCCGGCCCAGGGCUUAAUAGAGUUCAGAGACGCCCUUGCCAAGCUUAUAGAUGAUUACGGAGGAGAGGACGAGGAACUGACCGGUGGCACAGCAGCGGGAGGUUACGGAGAGCUUCCCGAGGGAACAUCCAUCAUGGUGGACUCCAAACGCUUCUUCUUUGACGUCGGGUCCAACAAAUACGGAGUGUUCCUGAGAGUUAGCGAAGUCAAACCAAGCUACAGGAACUCUAUAACUAUCCCAUUUAAGGCCUGGGGUAAGUUUGGUGGUGCGUUCAGUCGUUAUGCUGAGGAGAUGAAAGAAAUCCAGGAGAGACAACGGGAUAAAAUGUACGAGAGGAGGGAAGAGUCCGAGGGCGAAGAAGUGGAGGACGACUGAACCUCUUCAAAGCUGCCCGGCUGACGUGAGAUCUGCAGAUGAAUAAUGUUGCAGUAUGCAGAAAUGACAGAUUUACAAAGUGCAUGACGAAUCGAACUUAUACUAAAAUAUUGUGGCGUAAUAUACAUUUGACAGAAUUAUAGAUGUGUAAGAUCCGAAGUUUUUUUUGUUUGUAAAGAGGGUUGUUGGGGGGGGUCACAAGUAAAAUAGUUAAAGCCAUGGGCAAAAGGUGCACGACAGAAACGUCUUAUGAGGCAAGAAAAAAAGUAUGAUUUGUUAUAAAGGCCUAUGACAACAUGGCAUUCUCCUAAACCAGCAACUCUUCAUAACUAAGAGAACAAAGAAAUCUUUAUACUGUCAGAUUAUGAUGACAAACAAAUCUUUAUAAUGUCAGAUUGUAACAUUUAUAUUAAGAAAUAUAUUUCCUCCUUACCCCUCAACCCACAUGCAUUUACUUAUGUGUAUUGUUGCUAUUUAGAAGGACACGGGAGAGGUGCUACAGUAGAGGUCCUGUCAAUUUAUCUCCUUUGCCUGGAUCCUUUAAGUUUACUACUAGACCAAAAGGGUUCCAGAGCUCUCUUGUGUCUAUCUGUGGGGUGUUUGGCUUCAAGGUGUGUAGAAAUGAUAAAGUUGGCUUUAGCAAUAUGAUGUCAAGAUCUUCAGCCAUUUCAUAAGGCCCAUAGUGAGUGAGCUCAUUGGAGCUAAUAAAGCCUGCAAUGGCUGAAACAUUGCUACUUUAGAUGACAGCCUCCAUACAUGGUCGAGAUCUGUCACCAGAGCUGCUGACUGAUGUUACUCCCAUAAAUCAGCUUAGCCACAUUUGCAAAGCAUUUGUCCAGAAUUUGUAUACACAAUUGGAACCCUUUUUUUUUUUUACAACAAUAUAAGAUUAGAGGAAUGGAUUAAUUAUAUAACUGCAUCGAAUGAAAUUUUGUUGCGUGAAGUCCAGAUGUCCUCCACCCCCCCCCCCCCCCCCCUGCCAAGAAGCGAUUUGUCCGGCCAACGUCCAGCUUCCUCAAUGGGGAGACGUGUCAUUGAUCCAACGGGACAAUCUUACUGUGAUCAAUGAGAAAUGCCAGGACUUUCAAAGUUAUCAGCUGAAGAAUGACACAGUCUACUGGAGUUCUCAUGGACUGACAAAGAGAGAGUUACACUUUAUGCACCGAGACUAAACCAUCGACUAGAUUGGACCUUGCUUGUGAGGUAACACACACGUCUCUCUCACUUGUCAAGAAAUAGAGCUAGCUCUCUCAGGGCCAGUCCAUGCACAGGCCUCAUCACACUCCUGGGUCUUUAAUGGACACAACCGCAUGAAUGGUUUCUUUUCUUUUCUAAGAAAACUAUAUUUGCAGAUGAUACUUUAUGAAAGAAAAAAAUGGAACAAACCAGCAUAUUUUUAAUUACUUAAAUAGAAUAUAUCUAUAUGAAUGACAGAAGCAUUAAGCCAUAUUAGGCUGAUUUCAGAAAUCAAAGCUGGGGAGAAGCAUUGUGCAGAUUAUUUGUCCUUUUUCAUUUCUGUUUGUUUUCCUAUAGAAAGUGGAAGAACACAUCUAAGUAAAGAAAAUAUAAAAUGCAUAUGUAUCUUGACUGUAUACUUAAAAAAAGAUUCCCAUCUUCUCUUCCUCACAAUAUAUGUUGACAAUGUAUUGGUUAAUGUGUUUCUCUGAAAGUAUAGGCAACAUAUUAUUUUAUUUCGCACUCUAUCUAACAGAUGGGACCCAUGUCCCACCCAUGUGAGUAAUUUGUUUUUCUAAAAAUUUGCAUUUCUGUCCCUCAGUUGGAGUUGUAUUCUGUUUAAUUUGUUGAAUUAUCAGAAGAAUUCAUUUCUAUGUUUGUUUAUUUCAUUUUAAUCCCAGGGGAGAAAGCAAAAUAGAAAGAAGUCUCUAUAAUACUCUUGUCCUGGUGUGAUCGCCUGUCAUAAUGUCUGUCUAUGGCAGCAGUCAAGGAAGGCUGCCUCUUAAUAUUUAGGCUAAGUGAAGAGUUAGGGCAGACUGGUCACACACACACACACACACACACCUCAUUAUUGCACUUUAUAUAGAGAAAGUUAACAGGCAUGGCUGUUCAAAUCUAGUGCAAUGUGAACACUCUUACUGGGCUAGUUCUUCACAGGUCUUUACUGCAAGGCAUCUGUCUCUCAGUCACGGGAGAUGGCAUUUAGUAGAGAUGUACGAACCUCACUUACUAUAACUACCGUUGUCUGGUUCAAUGGCAGCUUUUUAACUCGUAUGUGCUUGUGUGUGUUGCUGUAAUUCUGUGAUCUUUUAAGACUAUUGAUUUAAAACCAAAAGCAUAUUUGCUGACACACCCAUACAUACCCACGCAGAUGUAGAUUUAAAUGUGUGGAUUUGGUCUGAUGCUAUAAAACUUGAUGCCUCCCAGACACCAGCAGCCAAAGAGCCGUAUUCGGGCCAUCACACCGGUUGUGCUAUCUCAACCAAUUGGCUGAGCCGCAGCUCAGAGGAUUCUCUCUAAAUCUCCAAUGGCGGCAGCCGUGCGGGCCGCGGCGGUGCUGGUGGUGUGCGGUGCAGGUGGGCUGACUCUGCAGCCUGGCUAUUUUAAUGUACAGGCCCGUGGCGGGGCCGGCAUUCCUCCCCCCAGCGACUCAGAGCUUCAGCUGUGCCGAAAGCUGACGGCUGCCGUUGACCGCUGAGAGACACAAGGGCCUGAUUGUCGAGGCUGCCACAUGCUCUAGUGCACACACACACACACACACACACACACACACACCACUACCAUCCCUGCAAAAACCUAAUUACAACACGGUACACUAAGUGCACAUGUGAUGGGGCGGAUUUGCCAUAGUCACGCCUGUGUACUGUUGCAAAGCAUUCAGCACUUGUACAGCUCUGUGCUUAUGCUACUAUAUUUGAAAAUAUAUAAAUGCAGACAUGCAAGCACAUUUUCAUUUUGGUUGCCAGUGACAACUACAUCUAUUACUGUUAGUGGCAGAAUAACAAACAUUAAAUUUGGUCUUGUACAUCUGCCUAAAAUUGUAAUGAGGGCAUUUCCCAAACCAAUUUGAAACAGGUCUGGAGUUUAUAAUGCUAAAGUGAGCAUGAAUGAUAUCUUGCACCAUUACCUAAGGCUUGUGUUUGUUGUAACAAUCACGGGGAUAAAUCAAACUGUUACUCCGCUGGCGCAAGGCCAGUGCAGGGGGAGGCGAGGUGGCGAGCAGAGAUUACUACAAAAGAGGGCCAAGGUCUGGCAGCAGAGCGACAGGAGCCAACUGAAAGCGUGACGCAGCAGGGGCAGCUGUUGCCAGGACAUUCCCUUACUCUCACACACACACACACACACACACACACUCUCUCAAUCACAUACACACACAAAGGCCUCCCCUUACUGCCCCCCCCCCCCCCCUUACGCACACACUCACACACACAGGCCUCUUACCCACCCUCUCACACACACCCUCCUUUCAGCUGCUCUGCUGACUGCCUCAUGGACCCGUGUGUUUUAAAAUGGGGUGUUGGGGAGGGGGAGGCACCAUUUGGGUGUGCAUAGGUGGUAGUAGCAGCUGACUCCCCUUACACACAGCUCUUACUCACUCUCUUUCAGCUCAAAACAGUGCAUCGGUGUCCUGGGACUGAGCGGGGGUUGAGUGUGUGUGCUGGUGUAUGGGGCGAUCACAAACACAAAACUGGCAGAAAAAAUGAUAGGUGCCAACUCCUGAAAUUAAUUUGGGCUGCUAAUUCUUUUUUUAAAGAGACACUUAGUAGCCUACAUAGCCUGUAGGCCAUUGCAGCAUGAAACACUGAAGGGACUCCGACGGAUUCUUGAAGUUCGCACUGGUGAUGGGGAAACUGGUACUGCAGGUGAAGUUCGCACUGGUGAUGGGGAAACUGCUACUGCAGGUGUCGCCACAAGGACUUGCUGUGAAGAAGUGUAGGAAAGGUGGGCUGCGCUCAGCAUAGUGGCGAGUGGAGCUUCUCGUUGCAGUGUUGCCGGGCUGAGUUUGACCUCUAUCUUUCUCAGAGCAAUGCAAUUUCAGAGAGCUCCCACACGGGUGAGCGGUGAAGUUGCAGAAAAACAGCAGACUGGGAUGGAUCUAGCCCUGAUCGUGCACAGGUCGUCCCCCUUCCAGAGUACACUGUUGUCUUGGGUGUGUCUGUGUAAUCGGAACACAAGGCGGCUACUUCCGUAGGUUUGAUCUAGGUUUUUAUGCAUCAGUGUGGUCAAUGGCAGACGUAUAGACAGGCAAUAGGUUUGAUUGGUGUGUGGUGGAGGCAUAUGCAGCUAUCUGUGCACACAGGGAUGGGAUGGUGAAUAUUAUAUCCCAGACGCCUCUUUCCACCAAGUGUGCUUCACUGUGUUGGUCGACAUGACAUCCUGCUCCUGUGACUUGAAGUUAAUUGGUGCUUUUGCUCAGGGAGUUUCCCCAUGUCGAUCUCCAUUUGGAGACACCUGUGUAUGCAACAGCAGGGUGCCAUGACGGUUGACGGAGAAUUCAGCUGGAUUGUUUAGUGGAUAUAUUCAGAAAGCCCUGACAGGAAUUAGCAGCUUAAUGUUUGGUUUGAAUUCCAUCAAGUGCUGUGUUACACCAUGUUAAACCGUUUACCACUCUCUAAGACUUGCACUAAAAUUUUUUUUUUCUGGAUUAACUCCUAUGUCCAAGGAGACAUCAGACAGUAAAGAUUACCAUAAUGUCAUUUGUGGCAGUUUAGAUAUCCAAGGUUUGAGUGAAAAUGUGGUGUGAUCUAAAAACUAAAACUUAAAUUUAACGGAUUGUUAAAAUAAACCAUAUCAAUGUAUUUGGUUAUAAAUAGAAAUAAUGGGUUCUUGCUAGUGAAUAAUUUGUUGACAUUCUACUGUGUCAGCAAGCUGUAUGUCUUCACGUGUGUGUGUUCUCUGGUUUCUGACUCGUUGUAUUUAAUAAUUCUCUGCACGGCACACCACCGUCUGGUUCCAGCGCCCGUGGAACAGCGUGCGCUCAGUUGCCCCAGAGUAGAACCAGGAUGGGUUCUGCGGCAGCAGACACAGAGAAUCGACAGAGGCAAGGUUCUCCGGUGCCUCUAGAACAGCCAUGCACCUCUCUAGCUCCUGACUUACUGUGACCAACCACAGGCUCCUCAAAGCGUCCUCCUUUUGGUGAUGGCAAUUUUCCAACAGAGAUUUGAACAUUUAGAGAUCUAUAUUUAGAAAAUGCUAUGUAUGUUUGUAACAUAAUAAAGACAAAUAGAAGUGAUGAAAAAUGC